CCUGAGGCCACCCUGCUGCGCCCCGGGCCCGCGCCUUUCAAGAAAUCCUAGAGGAAUCCUGGGGGGCAGCGAGCGGGAGGCGAGGGAGGGCCUGCGGCGGCUCCGAGGCCCAACCCUGGGGCCACUACGUGCAUCCCAGUUUUGAAGUAGGCCUGUUCCUGGGGUUGGUUACUUUUCCCGGAAAAGCCUGAGAGCUUGAAACGAUUGAGCGGGUUUUCAGCAAACGUAGGGGAAUCCCGCUUGGAGAAUUCCAGUGGGAGCAGAAUGUGGGUCCCUAGCGGGAAAGCCCCGUGUGACUUCUCUGGGGACUCUUGGUCACAAACUCACACAGUUGGAGGGAACCUUGGCAGAAACUUGGGGCUGGCCUCGUGUCCCGCGGAGGCCCCUGUGGAGCUGAGCUCCAGAAGAGCUUGAUGUUAGCAGGUUGAGUCGGAGCCUGUGUUCUGCUUAAAGGUUUCAUUAUGGGGGGUAGGGUCUGGGUCAGAGGAGUGGCCCUUACAGGGAGGCUGAGCUCACUGACCGGUGGGGGUCAUGGCAGCGGGCUUGGGCAGCAAUAUCCCGAGUCUUUAGAGGUGAUCCACUCAGGCCCUGCCGGGUGGCUCUGAGGGUAGCUAGGUCAUGAGGUGCCCCAGCCUCACCCCCUUCCCUUGGGUCCCUGAGGGAGCAGGGCAGUGGUGCCCAUUCAGUCCUGGGUGCCUUGUCUGCGUGGUGCCUUGCACUGCCCACGCCCCCCCCCCCCCAGCAUGACUCCCCUGAGGUGGGCAGGCCUGGGAUACAUGUGGGUUCUUUCUGAGUUGCAGAAAGCUGUUCCUUGGGCACUCUCUGUUCCUCAGGCACACGUUGGCUGCAGCAGGAGCCCCCUUCCUGUUUUCCUCCUUUAGGAGUGGCCUGCAGGGGGCUGGAGGGCUGGCUUCUUUAGUGGCAGGGUCCCAGGGGGCACAGGCUUUCCUCCAGGCUGCCACAGCUCCUGCCGACCCCCAGGCAUCCCAGACGAGGUGAGUGAGCAUGGCUGAGCAGGAGCCCACCGCUGAGCAGCUGGCACAGAUUGCAGCUGAGAAUGAGGAGGAUGAGCACUCGGUUAACUACAAGCCACCGGCCCAGAAGAGCAUCCAGGAGAUCCAGGAGCUGGACAAGGACGAUGAGAGUCUGCGCAAGUACAAGGAGGCCCUGCUGGGCCGCGUGGCCGUGUCUGCCGACCCCAACGUCCCCAAUGUCAUCGUGACACGGCUGACCCUGGUGUGCAGCACCGCCCCAGGCCCCCUGGAACUGGACCUGACAGGAGACCUGGAGAGCUUCAAGAAGCAGUCGUUCGUACUUAAGGAAGGCGUGGAAUACCGGAUAAAAAUCUCUUUCCGGGUGAACAGAGAAAUCGUGUCUGGCAUGAAGUACAUCCAGCACACCUACAGGAAAGGCAUUAAGAUUGACAAGACCGACUACAUGGUGGGCAGCUACGGGCCACGGGCAGAGGAGUAUGAGUUUCUGACCCCCAUGGAGGAGGCACCCAAGGGCAUGCUGGCACGGGGCAGCUACACUGUCAAGUCCCACUUCACGGAUGAUGACAAGACAGACCACCUGUCUUGGGAGUGGAACCUCACCAUCAAAAAGGACUGGAAGGACUGAGCCCUGGCUGGGAGGCAGACAGGGAGGGACAGACGGACGCACCCCACUCGACCCCACCCCCUUCUUCCUCCCGACCCCAUACCAAAGUGCUGAUAGGGCCCGAAGCCACCCUUGG